UGUGCUCCUGUAUGCAGAAUGACCUACGUUAUUCAUACACCCCCAGGACCCGGAAGAAUUUCAUCGCGGUCGGCUUCUCCUGUUGCUGCUAGUGAAAGUUCAACGUCUUUGUCUGCCACUUCGCAUUCCAAGAUUGCCCAUUGGAAAGGAUCUUCAAGCACCGUCGCUUCAUCGGCUGCUCCACCUCCUGGUGUGGUCAAGAGGCCACCAGCUGCACCCCCCACUACUAAACCACCCCUGCAAACCACGCGUACGGCGGCUGCAAGAGUUACUGCAAAGAAACCUACUACAGCAACUGCUCCAAAAAUCUAUCUAACUGUACCAUCAAACCCAAGGAUUAGAUCUUUGUCUCCUUCACCAUCUUCGUCGAGGGCAGAACGAAAUGUCAAACUAAGGAAAACCAAAGAACAAGCGGGUCCCCGUGGCGCCCCCAGCACCACUCGGCCCGUGCGGCCCCCCAUGUGGCUGAGCAAAGCUGAGCUGACUCAGGAGAUCCAGCGGCUGAGCAACCUGUGCGAGAUCCGGACUAAAGAACUCAACCACCUGAAAAUGGAGACGAAACACGUGUCCAUGGGAUUCGACGCUUUCUCUGCGCUCUUCAAGUACAUGGUUGAGGAUCUCAGUGCUUUGUCAGUGCCGAAUUUGACCGCCGAACUAGACAGCACAUUAAAGAAACUGGAACUUACAAAACAAGAUCUGGCAUACUAUGAGAGAGAAGUGGAGGAAAUUAAAGCUCAUCACUGUCAAGAAUUGAAUGAUUUAUCCAACAAAUUGUUUGAAGUUUACCAAACAGAAGUUGCUGAAUUGAAUGCCAAACAUCAAGAAGAAAUUAAUCAGCUUAAUGAUGAUCAUCAGAAACAGAUUGAAAAUUUGUCAUUGAAUUUCAAUACUUCAUCUGAAGAAAUUAAGGCACAACAUGAAAAACUCAUAUCUAAAUUGGAACAAGAGUUGCUUACUCAAAGAGAAGAAAUGAGAUCAUUUCAAGAAAGGGAAAUAAAAGAUUUGGAAGAGAAACAUACUCAAGGUACCAAAGUUCUGCAAGAGCAUAUUGAGCAACUUCAAAAGAAAUGUGCUGAACUGAAACAACAUUCCAUGAGCUUGGAAGAUGCAAUGCGUAAAGAUACAGACAGCAAAUUACAGUGGGUAACUACUUGCAAAGUGGACUUGGAAAAAGAAGUAGAAAGCUUAAAAGCAGUAUUAGAAAUGAGAAACAAAGAGCUGCAUACUUUGAGAAUACAAAACUUGGAAAUGGGAAAGCAGUUGGAGGACUUGCCUUUUGCUCGAGAGAAGAUCAAAAUGCUUCAAGCAAGAGCAGAAGAUUUGGAGGCUUUAAUGAAUGAAAAAACGAAAUUAGAAAGGAAACUAUGCUCUGAAAAUGAAGAAAUUCGUACCACAUAUGAGAAAGAAGCAAAGGUUAACAGGAGGCUAUCUAUGGAAAAUGAAGAGCUUCAGUGGAGACUGCGGCAAGCUGAGCAAUCCUUGCUAGCAGGAUCCUUUCCGGAAGCUGAUGAAACAAGGGAAGAAACUGAUGAUGCAACAACGCCAUCUAAAUCCCCAGCUCCACCAAUAUUAUCAAAAUCAGUAUUUUUUACUUACGUUGAUAAAGACGAAUCUUUGGGCGUUUCUCCUAGAACACCAUACAAAAGAAUCAUGCCUGGAUUUUCAUCCAAUUACAAAACUUCACCUGGAAAGGCAUCCAAGUCUUAUCUAGCACCGAGCCCCAGAAAACCAAAGAGCCUCUCCGAACCACCUCUGCCACCUAGUUUCGCUAGCACACCUAGAAAGGUGUCAAAACAAGCCUCACCCAAAUGCAACAAAAAGCGACAGAAGUCUGGAAGCGAAAGUGGUCAGCAUCCUGAUGAGCAUGAGAUGAUCCUGUCGGUGACAGAAAGCAUGGCUUCCUCUGUCAGCAGUGAAAAUUCAAUUCCCGAACAUAAAGCACUCCUGGAAGAGCACAAAGAACAAAUAAUGGCCUCACUCGAAAUUAUCCGAGAGCAACGAAGUACACAUGAGUUGCAAAUGUCACAGAGUAUGGUAGAAAAGCAGGUAAGUCGGCCAUCUAAUUUUGAAACGGACAUGUCUCGCUCGGCUGAAUUCGCCGAUCCCAAAGCGUUUUAUCACAUGACAUUCGCGGUCAUGAAAGAACCAGGGACCGAUACAGACAGUAGUAAAGUUUCGAGUUGCAACUCUUCCAAAGAAAUCACUCCUAUCACGAUGCAUUCCAUUGCCGAAAGUAGUCUGAAUCAUAACUUCAAAAAAAACACAGAGCAAAAUGCUGUACAGAUUAAUGUUCCAGCAACAGAAAUCUCAACUUCUGUAACUGUAGACAGCAGUAGAGAAAAUAAGCCAACUCAAAUAACAUCUGCACACUCAACUGAAAAUUUUCAAAAUACAGAGGCUAAUGCUUGUGAUACUGCUGAUCAUUGGAGAACUAUUUAAGACAACCUCUAGUGAAUAUAUUUGUCUGUUGAUAUUGAAUGAGCUUUGUUUAAAUUAAAGAUAUAUAUAUACAAUGAUUAGUGGUAAGUCAAUGUUUUGGCAUAUCGAAAUUAUUUUGUCGAAUUUCGUUACUUUUAAAUUUUUAAUGUUUUAUUUAAACAAACGAAAAGUUACAUGUUCCUCUUGUUCAUUUAUUGUCAACUUUAAUAUAUUUUAGAGAUUUUUUUAUAAGUGUUCAAGAGUUUAAAGUUUAAUUCUAUUUUCUACUUAAAAUACAAUCUCUGAAUAUUAUUAGAAAUAAAGAACAAAGAAAUUAGAAUCAUAAAUGCAUUUGAAAACUUAUACACUACAUUUUGGAUUUUCUUAUAGAUGAUUUUAAAACUUAUUUAUAAUUGAAUUUUGAUUUCAAUACCUAAGGACUAUUUGUGAAGAAAUCUUUUACAUUUAAAACAUUUAGAAAAAUAUUUGCAUUACCGGUGAAAAAACAAACCAUAGCUUCAUUGUUGCAUCAGUUCAGUGUUUUUUACGGGAAAUAUAUAGAUAUGUAUAUAUAGUCUGUUCUAAGUGGAUAAAUAUAUCCUAAAAUCCUCAGAAUAUAUAAACCGUUAUUUCUUGAAGUGAUGAAUUAUUUAGAGCUAGUUCUGAAACUCUUUGUGUUUGUACAGACAAAUUAAAUAAUUGAACGAAUCUAGUCAACAUAAAUUUGAGCUAACUUAUGGUAGAUGUAUUUUAUUUAAUUCAUUGACAACAAAAUGUAAACCUGAUAAGCUGGUAAGUUUUGAUAUAUAGAGGUUAGUUUUCUUGAUUUGGAAUGAUCUAUUGAACAUACUUGUAGAUAAAAAUAAUUUGCUUUCAAGAAAAUUUAACAUUACUUCUGACAUUCCAAUGAUUCGUCCAAUAUGUUACAAGAGAACAGAAAGAAGUUUCAUGUGUGCUGUGUAAAUGUUUACCUAAAAAUGAGUGAAUUUAAAAGCAGGAGUCUUAAAUACUUAAUUCUUUGUAAAUAUUUUCUUGCUUUUAUAGCUCACCUCACUGCCGAAAUAUUUAUAAGUAGUUGUAAAACGCAGCUGCCAUUGUGUUCACAUGUGGCAAUAACUUAUUAUGUAUAACUUUGUUUUUAUUGUAAGUGCUUACUUUACAUGUUUAGCUAGUUAAUGUUCAAUGUGUUUAUUGAAUGUUGAAAUUUAAUUGCAUCAUAUGUUCAUUCCUUCCUUCAAAGAAAAAACUGCACAUGAAAGCUUACACAUGAAUGCACGCAUUGAAACAUGUAAAUAUGUUGCAGAAAAAGAUGAAAGUAUGUUGAGGCUUGUUGUCAAUUGUAAAAAGAAUUUGUGAAUAAAGAGAUUAUGUGAAAGAA